CUCUACACCGAGUCGACAUUACACAGAGUCGACACUACAGUCUAGUGCACUUCGCGCCCUGUGUGAGGAGAUUUGAGACCGAGCCGGAGCUCUGACAGAGAGGAGUGAGGGGGUUUGAGUGUAAUGGCGCUGUUGGGCUCCCGCACCCUGAGUAAGGACGAUGGCCGUUACCGCACACAUUUCCGUAUGAUUAACGAGCAGCAGGUGGAGGACAUCACCAUAGAUUUCUUCUACAAACCGCACACUAUAACCCUGCUGACCUGCACCGUGCUCAGCCUCAUGUACUUCGCCUUUACCAGAGACGACGGGAAUCAAGACAGCAAUGUACGUGUUGGACUUAUUGUGAUUGUCUCAUUUUUCUCAGUCAUUAGCGUCCUUGCCUUCCCAAACGGACCAUUUACAAGGCCACACCCCGCGAUAUGGCGAAUAGUCUUCGGUUUAAGCGUGCUCUACUUCCUGUUCCUGGUCUUCAUUAUCUUCCUGAACUGGGAGCAGGUGAAGGGGCUCAUGUACUGGCUGGACCCAAACCUCCGCUACGCCAAGCGGGAGGCUGACAUCAUGGAGUAUGCUGUGAACUGUCAUGUGAUCACAUGGGAGCGAAUCCUGAGUCAUUUUGACAUCUUCGCGUUUAGCCAUUUCUGGGGUUGGGGCAUGAAGGCCUUGCUGAUCCGCAGCUACGGUCUCUGCUGGACCAUCAGCAUCACGUGGGAGCUGACUGAGCUCUUCUUCAUGCACCUCCUGCCCAACUUUGCAGAGUGCUGGUGGGAUCAGGUGAUCCUGGACAUCCUCCUCUGUAACGGCGGAGGGAUCUGGCUCGGCAUGACCGUGUGUCGCUUCCUGGAGAUGCGCACGUACCACUGGGCCAGCAUCAAGCACAUCCACACCACCACAGGGAAGAUCAAGCGCGCUGUACUGCAGUUCACUCCGGCCAGUUGGACCUACGUGCGCUGGUUCGACCCCAAAUCCUCCUUCCAGAGAGUAGCUGGAGUUUACCUGUUUAUGAUCAUCUGGCAGUUGACGGAGCUGAACACCUUCUUCCUGAAGCACAUCUUUGUUUUCCCAGCAUGCCACGCCCUGAGCUGGGGUCGCAUCCUCUUCAUCGGCAUCAUCACCGCGCCCACUGUGAGGCAGUAUUAUGCUUAUCUCACAGAUACACAGUGUAAAAGAGUCGGGACGCAGUGCUGGGUGUUUGGAGCCAUCGCUUUCCUCGAGGCUUUAGCGUGUGUUAAAUUUGGACAGGACUUGUUCUCCAAGACGCAGAUCCUCUACGUCGUUCUGUGGCUCCUGUGUGUGGCCUUCAUCACGUUCCUGUGCCUGUACGUGAUGGUGUGGUACGCUGAGACUUACGGGCCCAGAGAGAAGAGUUUGUCAGAGUGUGAGGACAGCAUUUACACUGAGACCGGAGACAAUGUGUCUGUCAAAGAGUCGGACUCUGUGACACGUCCCACCACCAGGAGGAGAGGGAAAGGUUCUGGAAACAACAAACCUGUCAACGGAGUGGAGAAAUAGACUCCGCAAAUUCAAUCCUGAAGGAACCGAGGAAGGAGAGAAAGUCAAAGUUUUGUACAAACAGCGCUGUAAACGUUGGAGGGAAAAUCGGGACCAGACGGCUUUGUCUUUGCUCCAGGAUUUGGUCAGUGUUGAGCCACCAGGUGGCGCUACCGGUGUAACGAGGUGAAAAACAACACUGAGGUUCAUGUUGACUGAAAAACUCUUAGAUAUUUUUUCCCAUUUCAGUAUUGUGUCUGUGUAUCUCGUGUCAGCGAUGCCAACUGGUGUGUGCCGAUAUAUUCACGUUACCACACAAUCACCAUCAAUAACAAAUUAAUCACAGUUUAUGACAGUCACGACAUACAGGGCUCUUUCACCACAAACGUUUCCUUUAAUACACAUUAAAACAUAAUUAACUCUAAAACUAAUCUGAUUAUUAUAAUUAAUAUUCACAUCCUACAUUCCAGGAAAAUGGGAAUAUGGGAAUGUCCAGCCUCAUAACAUUCCAUGUAGGUAAAGAUUGGCAUUAAUUUAUAGAUGACAGGAAGUUGCAGUGUGUCCUGAAUCAUUUCUGUUACUGAGUUACUGAGCUUGCAGCUACUUGUGUACGUUCGUCACUGAUGCGUUACUGUAAAAAUACGUCGGCAUCAGAUUGGUUCAGUACAACAAUUCCGUCCUCACACACCUGACACACACAUUGUGGAUCGUAUCAUAAGACUGAUUAUCGGCACACACCUAGAGAAGAGCACUGACUGAUCAGGCCAUUUCAGUCCUACUUUAAUUUCGAUGAGGAUGAGGAUGAUGAGGAUCGCUGCUAACUCGUAUCUGUUACCUCCUAACCAUCGACAAGAGUAUCCACUUUUCUGUUCAUUCUUGAAACCUCUAACAUGCAGAUGUGCCUGUGUGUGUGUGUGUGUGUGUGUGUGUGUGUGUGUGAGAUAUCUGAUGUUUAGCCUAAUAAUCAGGUGUUAAUGAUGUGUUGAGUUUCAGAGUGUUUUAGAUUAGGUUAUUUGAUGUUAUUUUCCCACCCGACGUCCCCGACGACAAUCCCGCUGUGGUCCGAGUCUGUCAUGAGUUUACACACAACACCAAACACACACCGUUACACAAUAAUAUACUGUAAAUUAACACACCAUACACUGACAUCAUGAACACUUUAAAUCAUCGCGGCUACCCUGCGUGUUCGUUCAGACCAUUCUAUUAACAACAAAAAGUAAUUUCUAUUUAUAAUAUUUCAGAAUAUAUUUGUGUGUGUAUAUAUUUCACACACACACACACACACACACACUUGUAUUUUGUUCAAUGUUGUUUACACAGUUAGGAAUGUGCUGAUGUUAAAACUCCGUAUCAUUAUGGGAUUCGUUUAGACCAGUUCAUGAUAUUAUUAGUACACACUGCCUUAGUAGAGUUUAAUAAUACACGUGAUCUUGCCUUCAGAUUUUGCCAAUUUAAAAUAAUAUUACUGUAUUUUUUAACCGGAUUAUCAGAGAACACACAAACGGAUGGAUUGAUUUCCAUCUAGUGAAUCGUAUUCGAUUCGGUUUGCCAGUAAGAGUCGACUCCUUCGACAAACGCCAAACAACUCCUUGUCCUUUAAUUUCUAAGCCAGUUGAAGUUUAUGAUAUUUACUAUACUGUUGAUUGUUCUUUUGUGGAACUAUGACUGAAAUAAUUUUGUGCAAUCUUAUCUGCCUUCUAAUUAUAACGAAAUAGCGAUACUCUAUAAAGAGUUUUUUUGUUUGUUUGUUUUUUUUUGGCUCGUUAACCACGAUUUCAGAUCAAAAUGCACUUUUCUACACGUUUAUCCUCCAUCCUUCAGCGUCGUCGCCGGGCCUCUCGGGCACGAUCCCACUUUGACGGAGCGGAAAUGGUGAAUAAAGAAAGUUCUACACACUUUGUGCACGAGCUCCUGCACACUUCUAUAUUCCUAAUAACUUCCUAAUAACUUUUCAGUGUUUCUACCGGAUUUCCACAGCUGUGUGUGACGAUGUAGAUCUGUAUGUGAUUAUUUAUAGAGUCACUGCGUUUCUCAUUAAAACAACUUCAACCUGU